AGCGAAGACACCUACAGAUCUUUGAAAUGCUGUUUACACCUGACGCUUCUGGAGACGUUAAGAUAUUUGCUAUAUUUCCUUAAAGAUGGACCGUUUACCGUCGAAAGUCAGUCAUGCCUCAAGUCUUAUGAGGUUGAACUUUCGUCUGGUAGCAAAAGUAACGUGUGCUUUACCUUUGUUUUCCUUCGUAUUCUGUGUUAUUAUCGCGUUGUUGAUUCACUUCAAGAGUUCAACAGCAACGCACUGCAAGGUUGCUAACUACCUGCCGUCCAUCAGUGCUGCUAUAGGAGGCCUGACUCCUGAGCGGUACAUCUGGAGAGCAGGGAUCGCUCUGCACACGGCACCUCGGUACAUGGUCACACUCAUGUACUACAACUUCUACAGGAGCAGGAGUGCUGCACCUGCUGUAUGGUACCAGCUGUUGUACAAGUUAACCUGUCUCUUAAACAUUGUGGAAGUCUCUAGUCUUGUGGUGCUCACAUACGUAUCUUCAACAGAGAACCCUGAUAUCCAUGAGGUUUCUUUCAUCUCAUUUGUGGUGUGCUCAGAGGUGUACAUGUUCUUCACUUGUGUGCUACUGAAUUGGUCGGCAUAUAAACCUAUAUCAGAACAGGAGCAGCAGUCUCUACGUUGGAAGACUGUGAUGUUUGUAGCCAAUGUUUCUUCUUUCCUGACAUCAGUGUACUUCUACUUCAGACAUAACUGGUACUGUGAACCAGGAGUGUACACAAUGUUUGCGCUAUGUGAGUACAUAGUGGUGGUGACCAACAUUGCCUUCCACUACACGGCAGUACUGGACUUCCCAACCUUCUCUGUCACUGUAGGUAGUGCUACAGUAAGCAAGAACAGCUGACUGGACUUCUAACUCAAGCUCAUUAUUAGUUUUACUCAAACCAUAACUGUAGGCAGUGCCACAGUAAGCAAGAACAGCUGACAGGACUGCUAAAUCAAGAUCAUUAUUAGUAUUACUCAAACCAUAACUGUAGGCAGUGCCAUGGAUCGCAAGAACAGCUGACUGGACUGCUAACUCAAACCUAUUAGAACUCAAACAUCACUGUAGUCUGUAUGCAGUUAAGAAACCAUGUUAGAACAGUUGACAAAGCUACUAGCUAAAGUACAGUGGGGGAAACGUGUAAUUUAACAAAGUUUUCGGCGUGCACAAUCGUGCGUACGCCGUGCACACGAUCGCGCGCACGCCGUGUAUACGAUUGGGGUGGGCGGGAUUUUGGACGGCGGUAGGGCGGGGAUUAUUCAGAAUUAUUCAUUACAACUCAAACUGUUACAAGUUAUCUACUACAUGUCAUAUUCUAAGAAAAGGAGAACUAGGCUAAAAGUAAAUUGUUUAAAUACUAUAUAUAUAUAGUAUACACAUUAGUACUUUUAGUUGUAUACAAUGUACCUAAUACCAAAUUCAUCCUGUCUGUUUAUUACUCCAAUGCAAGUGUUUGUUGGUAUUACAUUUGUAUAAAUUUUAAAUCAUGUUAGUAUAAAAGUAUGUAUUCCAGUAAUAUGCAAUGCUACAGAGAUUAUGUCUCAUGAGGAAGGAAGCAAACAGACAAGUGGAAUGUUGGCAGGUAGAACUUUGUUUUGUACAGGAAAUCUUGACAUCUACCAACAUGAUGAAAUUUUUUGAGGAUCUCUUAAUGAAUGCCACUUACCCAGGACAGCUAAGACCGAUAUUUGUGUGAUAUUUGUGUGUUGUUUCUAUGUGCUUUUCAUAAGUGUGAAAGUGAAGAUGUCUGAGUGAUUGUAUCUCUAUAUUGAUAUUUAUUUUGAUGGUUCGUUGAUGUUGUUUGUAGAAAGUCUUUGCCUUGGCACUUUCCUUUGAAAAUUCAAGUAUUGGUAAACAAUGACCAAACAGUAAAGCCGGCAUUGGCUGCA